AUGAAUUGCAGUCUGAAUCCGCACUGUGAGUGGAAUGCGCCAGUUGACAUGUUUCUGGACGAUGAGCUCCUCACCAACACCUACUCUAAGUGGCUAUUUGGCCCGGAUAACAGUGGCAACAUUUUUAACUGGACCAAUGAAUAUAUCAGUUUUAUUGCUCAAGAAUUUGGGAAGUAUCAUUUAAUUACUGCUGAUGGAAGUGUCUAUUGUCAGGACAAUCCGUUAGAGCAGGAACGCAUCACUUUUCCACUGCUGCGAAAGCAAGUAGAUUUGUCGUUGCCGCUACUCCGCGACAAUGGGACGUUGAUCAUGAAAAUGUACACAUGGUUUCGUGAGGAUACUCAAACACUGUUGUAUCAUUUAUUUGACAGCUUUGCCGAAGUACAUGUUGCGAAGCCGUCGUGCAGUAGACCUGGCAAUUCUGAGGUUUAUUUAUUAUGCGCUGGUUAUCGUUUGAAUGGGCAACUCAUUGAGAUAAAUAAUAGAUAUACCACUUAUCGGACGAUAGACUUUUCACCAAGAUUGCCGGAACGACUGUGA